AACUAGUCCGGCGCAGGACGUGGGGGUUUUUAUAGCCCAGCUGGUUCCGGCUAGGGAAGAUGGCGGUGGCUGGGGCGGCGUCCGGGGAGCCGCUGGUGCGCUGGUGCACCCAGCAGUUGCGGAAAACUUUCAGUCUGGAUGUCAGCGAGGAAAUCAUACAGUAUGUUUUGUCAAUUGAGAGUGCUGAAGAGAUACGAGAGUAUGUUACUGAUCUCCUUCAGGGAAAUGAAGGCAAAAAAGGUCAAUUCAUAGAAGAGCUUAUAACCAAAUGGCAAAAGAAUGAUCAAGAGUUGAUUUCUGAUCCUUUGCAACAGUGCUCAAAAAAAGAUGAAAUUUUAGAUGGACAGAGAUCAGGAGACCAGCUAAAGCGUGGUAGGCGGAAAGGGAGAAACAGACAGGAAGUUUCUGCAUUUGCUGAACCUGACACAACUGCAGAGGUCAAAACACCUUUUGAUUUGGCCAAGGCACAAGAGAACAGCAAUUCCGUAAAGAAGAAGACAAAAUUUGUCAAUUUAUAUGCAAGAGAGGGACAGGACAGGCUUGCAGUCCUGCUCCCCGGUCGCCACCCUUGUGACUGCCUGGGCCAAAAGCACAAGCUCAUCAAUAACUGUCUGAUCUGUGGGCGUAUUGUCUGUGAACAAGAGGGUUCUGGCCCCUGCUUAUUCUGUGGCACUCUGAGCAUUCGAAGGACCCAAGUCAUUGAUGAUGAGUCAGAUUACUUUGCCAGUGAUUCUAACCAGUGGUUAUCCAGACUUGAGCGGGAAACCCUGCAGAAGCGAGAGGAGGAGCUGAGGGAACUUAGACAUGCCUCUCGACUUUCUAAGAAGGUCACCAUUGACUUUGCAGGCAGGAAGAUCCUGGAAGAAGAAAAUCCACUAGCAGAGUAUCAUAGCAGACUAGAUGAGACAAUACAGGCCAUUGCCAAUGGAACCUUGAACCAGCCACUGACCAAAUUGGAUAGAUCUUCUGAAGAUCCGUUGGGAGUUCUGGUAAAUCCCAACCUGUACCAGUCCCCUCCCCAGCAUAUUAUGGGGGUACAGAUGUUUAGGUUACAUAUGUUGCCCUUGCCCCCCUUCCCCGCCCAAGUCCGAGCUUCAAGCGUGCCCAUCCCCCGGAUGGUGCGCAUCGCACUCUGUGUAUACCCGGUGGAGGGCAGAUCCUGGUAUACCCCCCACAGAGGACGACUUUGGAUAGCAGCCACAGCCAAAAAACCCUCCCCUCAAGAAGUCUCAGAACUCCAGGCUACAUAUCGUCUUCUUCGUGGGAAAGAUGUGGAAUUUCCCAAUGACUAUCCAUCAGGUUGUCUUCUGGGCUGUGUGGACCUAACUGACUGCUUGUCUCAGAAGCAAUUUAAGGAGCAGUUUCCAGACAUCAGUCAAGAAUCUGAUUCUCCAUUUGUUUUCAUCUGCAAAAAUCCCCAGGAAAUGGUUGUGAAGUUUCCUAUUAAAGGAAAUCCAAAAAUCUGGAAACUGGAUUCCAAGAUCCAUCAAGGAGCAAAGAAGGGGUUAAUGAAGCAGAAUAAAGCUGUCUGACACAGGAGAAAAGGAACUAUACAGCAUAGUGAAGUUUUGUACCCUAAAAUUGCUGUCCAGUGGUCCUUUGGAAUUGAAACAGUAGAAAUCUAAAGACUUGGUAUCAGGCUUGAAUCACUCAGAAUUUAAACUCUUAACAAAAUCUGUAUAUUUUUCUUAAAGAGUGGGGUUCUUACUUUAUGUAGUGGGUCAAAAUCUUUGAAUACAUUCUUUAUAAAAACCUAUUUUAAAAAUUCUA